CCGAGGGGGUCACAAGUCAUGUGACAGCAGCCUGCCGGGGAUUCGCCUUGACUUCCAGUACGGUGGCGAUAUUCCCGUGGCUAGACCCCCAGGCUUGCAAGAUUGAUCCUGCGAGGGAAAGGGGUUCGUCAUGGCGGAUGACCUAAAGCGGUUCCUGUAUAAGAAGUUACCAAGUGUUGAAGGACUCCAUGCUAUUGUUGUGUCGGAUAGAGAUGGAGUACCUGUUAUCAAAGUGGCUAAUGAUAAUGCUCCCGAACAUGCUUUGCGACCUGGUUUCCUCUCUACUUUUGCCCUUGCAACAGACCAAGGGAGCAAACUUGGACUUUCAAAGAAUAAAAGCAUCAUCUGUUACUAUAACACCUACCAGGUAGUUCAGUUCAAUCGUUUACCUCUUGUGGUGAGUUUCAUAGCCAGUAGCAAUGCCAACACAGAGGAAGAUCUUUAUUAUUUGGAACAAAGAACACUAAGGAAUAUAACUUUCACUCUGGUCAACUUAGAAGAAGGGCUAAUUGUCAGCCUAGAAAAGGAACUUGCUCCAUUGUUUGAAGAAUUGAUCAAAGUUGUGGAAGUUUCUUAAUCUUACGAUGGUUUUGAUGUAUACCUUAUCUUGUUAUAAAAACACAAGUCAAUCUAGCAAUCUUUAGACAACAGUAAUACUUUGUAUGUAUGUAAGAAAGAACCCCUUUUUCCACCUUAUACUAAAGAAUCAGCCUGUAGGUGUAAUUUAUAGACAGAUCAGGUAUUACAUUUACUUUGUAAAGUCUUUUCUUUAGCAAGAUCUGGGGAUAAUGGGGAUAAUCUGAACUGGUUCAGUCUGUCACAGCUCCUGUGGAGUUAGUGCAGUCGCCACAUACGGAUGGGAUCCUGUUCAGUGGAUCAGAAUCAAAAUGGUGCAUUGGUCCACAUGAGCCAGCGAGUGCUCUCUAUCAUUCAGGACUCCCAGACUGCAAGGGCACAGCAGACCCUCUUAUUGUGAAUAAUAACAAGGACAUAUUUUUCUUCUGUUGUGUUUUAUUUGCACUGAGUAUGAGAAGAUAAAAUGGCUUAGUAAAAGUAAUAAAAUCAGUACAAUCACUAACUUUAUAUAUAUUUACUUUGCAGUGUAGAUAUGUGUCACUAAUGAGUUUUUUCAGAGGGUGCUUCUCUUUAAUGAAAAGGAAAAUUAUAGCUUACUCUUUUCUUCCUACUCUGCUCCCUAUAACCAAUCAGUGUUUUAAUGAUUGUUCUUUAUAGAAUUUAAAUAUGACUUGGUACUGAAUCCUGUUUUCAGUAUGUAUAUAAAUGUGAUAGUUUUAGCCAUUUUUUCAUACAUGGGUAUAAAUAAAAUAGUAUUUUUAAAAAUAGUUUGAGCACUGUACAGAUCUUUUUCAUUUCAGCCUUCUACCAAGGUGUUUUAUAGACUUAAUUGACUUUAUCCACUUUCAACCACAUAAUGAGUCUUGAAUGUUUCUUGUAGGAAUUUGUUUGGAGAUUGUUUUACUCUUUUUGUAUAAUGUCAGAACAUAAACCUCAUUUUGGGCCUAACUUCACAGUUCUAGAAUAUAUUUUAGGCUCAGGAAUGCAGUCCUUAGAUCAUUCCAGCGGUUACUUUCCUCCUAGAUUCUUUGGCAGUUUGUCUCCUGUUAAUUCAGUAUAUACGCAUCGAGCACCUUCUGUGUGAUCACCAGUGCUAGCAUAGUACACAGUCUUCAGUGCUAGCAUAGUACAGUCUUCAGUGCUAGCAUAGUACACAGUCUUCAGUGCUAGCAUAGUACAGUCUUCAGUGCUAGCAUAGUACACAGUCUUCAGUGCUAGCAUAGUACAGUCUUCAAUACUGUUCACAUGGUGGUUCUGUGCUCCAGGGCUGCUUUCACUAUGGGAUUGGUGUCCCUAGUGGUUGGUAAUGAGAAAGUCAACCAAACAUGCCACUUUUCUAUACAAAUAAGAGUAAUUGUGCUACUGUCUUCCCUUAAAGAACUACCAGUUUAGUAAAGGAAGAAAGUAUAGAAAGAUUUAUGGUAAAGCUGUACAGAAGGUACCUAGAGUACAAAAUAAGCAUAAAAUUAGAAACAGUUACAAAAAAAAGUACAGGAGAUGGUGUUUUAUAUGCUGGGCGCUGUAAACAUAAAUUGCUACAACCUAAUAAACAUUAGACACACCUGUAAAAGUCUAGAAUUCCCAUUAUUUUUAUGUAUUAUUAUUUAUUGAUAUUAUUACUUAAUGAUGUUCUGGAACUUGUUCCCAACAAUAUAAUGCAUGAAAUAGGAAGGUAUUUUAGGGAUGACGUGACCCAGUUUUUAUUUGCAGAUGGCAGUAAUUGUAUAGACUUUAAGCUAUAAGCUGAGAUAAUCCAAAAAUCAAGGUCUGGCCUGGGCAAUCCAUAUUCCCUAACAAAACAUUUGCAUCCCAAGUCUGUCCACCUUCAGGUAGAUUCCUUUGCAAGACACUUCUUU